AUGGCAUCUUUGGAAGUUUUGAACGUGGAACGGUUAAAAACAUACGAUAAAGCAGCGAAGGAGACAUUCGCUCGGCUGGGAAAGCUUUUGGGUGCAAAACAACAGGAACUACUCGAGUACGAUAGCAUAGUCCUUAAACUGGAGGAACUUCCGCGUAAGCGCACGCAGUGUAUAAUGUGCCCUGUUGGUUCCGUGGGUUUCCUACCGGCGAACAUAGUUCAUACCAACGAAGUAUUGGUUGGCUUGGGUGACGGGUACUUCCUUGAUACGACAUGUUACGACGCCGUACAGAUUCUAAAGAGGCGCAGGAAGGUUGUCGAGAAAGGUAUUGCGGAUCUGCAUGAACAUAGGAGAUUAUUGGAAAACUAUUCGACCUAUGCCAAGAGGCUUUUUGAGCAUCAAGGCAGCUCUGAUGAGGUAGAAAUCAGAGAAGAGUAUGAUGAGCAAAAGGAAGAUGAGCUGAGAAGAAGGCGGAAAUCCAGAAAAAUGGCUCCGCGGCUUGUCACCAAAACAUUGGCUGAGAUCAAUGCCGAGGCAGAAAUCAUGAAGAGACUGGAGGAGCUGGAGCAACAAGAGCUACGAAAUGGUGAACUUGACAGCUCAUUUGAUAUAGAUGCAAGUGCCGGCAACGAGGAAGCUCCUCCUUCUCUUGACAAAAUACUAGAAAAGCUUGACGAUGAUGACACCAAGUGUCUUAUGUCAAUACUGGCUUCGGAGAAAUCCGUUAUAGCAGCGGUACCCGAGGGGCAAAGUUCUAAUGAUGCUGAACCUACCACAUCCGCGGAAACAACAAAUGUAGAGCCAGUCACGUCUCCUGAACCCUCGUUACAAAAGGAAGAAGAAGCCGGCAUCCGAGUUGCAGAAAUAGUUGAACUUCCAAUAAAAAAGAUCAAACCAUCUGUAUUGACUACAACUGAUUCUGCCAAUGUGCCAUCCACAACUGAAACUAGUGUACCACCAAAAGCCGAGCUGUCCACGGGUUAUUUCCGAGGGGAUGAUUUGUUGAGGAUGCUUGCUGAACAAGAGCAGGAAUACGAAGAGAACAGUCAGUCUUAUCAGCCUCCCCCUGGUAUCAGUACGCAGUCCUACCAAAGACUUCUUCGAACAGUGGACGAAAUGGAGGAUGAUGAAGAGAGUGAUGAUGGGGAUGAAGAAGGAGAAAACGGAAGAGUUUUUAAGGAAAUAAAUGGUGUUAGAAGUUCAAGUGCACCAUCAACAAACAUAUCACACGGCUCUGAUCUCGAUUCUGACGAUCUCGCUGAACCAGAACCCGAUGGUCCGGUCGAUUUUGGGCCUUUUACUGCUGUGAAUUUAGGAACGGAUGCCCGCCCAGUUGAAGAACAUCUCAACGAAACUGAUGGUGUUACCAGUGUUGCUCCAAAGGCAUCCACGUCAGCCCUUGCUGAGGGUGAAGUGAAGAAGGCGUCUAAAAAGAAGAAGAGUGUUGUUUUUGCGGAAAAUCUGGAGAAGGCUAUGAUGAUCGACAAGAAUGCACCCCCAUCGAAUGCACGAGCAGAACCAUCAACUUCAUCUGGAGCAUCUGCAUCUAUAUUACGCAAUGCCAGUGAGCAAACUCCUGUUAAUCGCGCACUGCUGUCCGAUUCGAGUGAGACUCAGAGGGUCAUCUUGCCUGAAAGUAAAGUUGCCUUUACUGGUGUUGUCCAGGAAAGGAAUGUGGAAGUUCUGGACGAUGCUGUUCCUGCUGUGGGUGGUGGUGAUUCAUCUAAACCCAAGUCUUUGUUCAGAAUGAAGAGAUUGAAAAAUCACGCAUGACUUUGGUCAGAGUGCCUAGUAUUUGUGUCUUUUGCCACGGAUAGACGUCUAAGGUCAGUAACUGUGUUAUACGAGAAUAAAUUAGUUCAUAGUAAUCUUUUUUCUCAU